UUCCUGCAUCCACCUUUGAUGAGAAUACCAAUGCACGCAUAGACGUAGCCGUGGCGGGGGUUGGCGGCAGCAGUACCAUCAGCAGCAAUUGUUCUGACUUACAAAUACGCGUGACAGACAGAUUGUCUUUCUUUAAGAUCGAUUCUUCGACUAAUGAAUUGCCGCUUUCGGAUAUUGAUUUUUCAUUGACGCCGGGCACACCAAAGUGCAUGAAUAUGACUUCAGCUUGUUGUAAUGUGAUGCACAAACGACAUAAUUUACUAAGCAUGCGUCGCAUGGUUAGCGGCGAGGAGCCUGAACUUGAAGGUAUGCAAUUUCCACAAAUUUCCCCGCUGGCAACAAACGAGCGGCCCUUAAGCUGCAACUGCAAUAGCAAUUUCAAUUCGUUAGCAUAUGGGCAUGCCAAAAGUCUGAUGCAGCUGGCUAUAGUAGAGCCUUUGCUUACCAGCACCAGCGGCACGAUUAUUACAGCGGCUGCAGCAUCAGGAAUUGUAACUGCAGCAGCUGCCGGUAGUUUUCAAGAUGAUUUUCCGUUAUCGAACUCGGCGCCUGCGGUACUUCUCAGUGGUAUGCUUCAACAGCGCCCCACGAGCGAUGUAGUUCUGCCCCCCAUGGGUAGGUAUGGCACCAACUCGCCAACGGCUUCUACGCUGCACCUCUGCAUGGACAUGGAGAUGCGCCAGUCGCAUCAUCGCCAAUUAGAACGAAGCCAGCACAAUUCGUUCUAA